AUGCAGUCGAGACACCAACACCGUGCUUUGACCUCGCUGAGUUAUGAGUGCCCUCCAUGCAAUGAUUUAGCCGCUGCUUCUAGUGGUGUUAAGGAGAUUUCUGCACUCUCAGAUGGUACCUAUUUUCCUGGUGGGGUAAGGGGAGGCGCCGGGAACGCGGCCAAUGUGCUUCGUGACCUCGUUAUCGUCUUCGCGCACGCAGGCGGCACAGAUAUAUCCAUUCUUCUUCCCAUAUCGUCCCGAGUCGAAAACAAUACAGUAACACUUCGCCCACGGAAAGCUAACGGUCUACGUGAGUAUCGGUUUGAUUUAUUGUUUCUGCAGUACAAGUAG